CCAGCCAGCAGCUCCAGCAGCUCCAUCACUCCAUCAGUCCUUCAGAACUCUUCAUCGAAGAUUUGUAGAUUCGCGGCCCAUUACUCCACGCCUCCACCGACCACCGUCUUCCGGCUAUUCUCCUCCGUGGCUCCGUCCGUUCACCAUUCGUCCACCAUUAUAGAUUUAUAGCCUAAGGAAAUUCUGACUCUGUCACUGGAAGAAAGAACUGCGAUCAUUAAAGAUUUGAACUCUCGUCUCCAUCCGCGUGUCUGUACACCACAAUUCGAUUCACCCAAGUUUCCUGAUUGUUCUGCAAAAAUGUUCAAAUUCUGGGGUUCUCAAGAGCAACAAGCUCCGCCACAUCCACAGGAAAUACCUACAGAGUCAUGGUAUCCAUCAUCUGUGGUCAGCUCUCCUAGUUCUUCCCGCCCCACAACACCUAGUCCGAGCUCCUCUGGAAGCUUCAGUGUAUCAAGGCCUUCUGACAGACAGAAUUCUGCAUCACACGUAUCUCCUGCAGAGGCUGCUGGUAUUAUAGCUGUGUUAAAAGAUAAGAGUGUUGAGGAUCUUCGGAAGCUUUACACUGACAAGGAUGCUUAUCACAACUUUCUACUUUCACUUGAGGCCGUCAAAACUCAAAAUAAUGUAAGGGAUGAACUUCGUAAUGAAACUAUGCAGCUUGCUAGGGAAAAUCUAGAAAAAGAACCGAGGAUCAUGGAGCUUAGAAAUCAGUGCAGAAUAAUUCGAACAACUGAAUUAGCUGCUGCUCAGGAAAAGCUGCAUGAACUUGAAAGGAGAAAAGGGGAGCUCCUGAAGUUGUACUCUCCUGCAUCCCUUCUUCGUCGACUUAAUGAGGCAACUAAUAAAACAGAGGAGGAAUCUGAUACCCUACACAGGCAGCUUCUUGAUCAAGAAAUUGAUCUCUCUGCAUUUGUGCACAAGUACAAGAAAUUGCGCCACACCUACCACAAACAAGCACUUACUCACCUUGCAGCCAACACAUCCAUAACUGCCUAAAAACUACUCCUCAAUGGACUGCCAUUUUACUCCAUUUCUAUACUACUAAUGUUUUUACUUUUUACUGCCGGAGCUAUGACACUCAUGUCCAUCACUCCAUCUUGUCUUUAACUGCCAUUGGUGAUGGAUACUUUUUCAUUAUGGGGUGAAAUAAAUCCUAGUUAUCUCAUCUUUCU